GACAAGGGAAUGAGUGAAGUCACAUCUAGAAAAAUCAUAAAAAUUUGUUGAAAUCCAUUUUCUCCAGCCCUUCUGAAUGAGGAAAUCAUCAGUCCAUAAUCAACCUCGUUUGGAAGGUACUUAGCAUCAGCCCAAGGUGGUUCUGUCCUAAAGGUUCCCAGUGUUGGUUGUGCCAACCUUAAAUCUCCUUUAGUGGAUCUCUUGCCAAAGGAAGGGUAGAUUGGCACCACCCAUAGACGCUUGCACCUGUGAGAACCAAUGGGCGUUGGAACAGGAAAUACCUCAGCUGGCUGCCUGAUAUAGCAUGGGGCACCCAGGUCAUUCUGCUUUCAUCCGAAGUUCCUUAUUACGCUGGGACAAGACUUCUUGGAGAAUUUUUUUUUUUUUUAAUAUAUACGCUUACAAGAGAAUUAAUUAUAGAUUUCAAUGUUAAAAUGUGAAUGGUAUUCACCUUCUCUUUCUUCAUUAUCAAGGAAUUGGUAAGUUGUCCUUUAAGAUAUUUCUCCUCUUUCAUGAAAACCUUACUGGAGCAUGCUGGGAGGCAGAGAGAGAGUACAGACAUGUAAAAUAAUUAAAACUUGAGCUGACGUUAUUAUUCAUUGCAAUAAUCCUUUGUAAUAGUUACUGCCACCAUAAUAGUAAACAUUAGAGGGAUAUCAUAGAUUUUUAUAUAAGAUUCGUUUAGCCUGAGCAUGUUUUUCUCUUUUGUAAGGACUAGCAGGGGGAAAGUCCUAGGAAAGUUUUUAGAAAAUUAUUUUCCAAAUGUCACAAUGUACAGCUGUAUAAGUGCUCUCGAUGUUAACUGUCUGACCAGGAAGUACUCUAAGUCUCACUUAUAAAACUAAGCGUCUGUAAUAACUUCCUUUCUCAGGAUGAAGGCGCUUGAUAGAUAGCCUAGUACAGUUCUUGUAACUGAACUUGAGUUCAGUCUUAUCUUUCCUGGGAGUAAGAGGCAAUGUUUUAAAGAAAGCCAUUUCUGGGGCAAAUUUUUUGAUUGCUUUGGCUAAAUAAAGAAUGUUUAAAGUCUUCAUUCUGUUGGAAUGGAAGAAUAGGACAUGCCUUUCAGACGAUCUGUACAGAAAACUGAAGUUAUAAAGGAGCAAAGAGAAGACUGCUGCUAAAAUGAACCCAAGCAACACAGUGUUUUUUGUGCCACACACAGAAAGGUACUGAAGAUUGGUAAAAAUUAAAAAGCCCUCAAUGCGAGAUACAACUUACUGGGCUCUCAGAAGGCAAAGUGCUCACAGUGGAGGUCACCAUGCCGAAAGGGGUGCCGAAGGACCCAGAGAUUGCUGACCUGUUCUACAAAGAUGAUCCUGAAGAGCUUUUCAUUGAUCUGCAUGAAAUUGGACAUGGAAGUUUUGGAGCAGUUUAUUUUGCCACAAAUGCUCACACAAAUGAGGUGGUGGCAGUUAAAAAAAUGUCCUAUAGUGGGAAGCAGACACAUGAGAAAUGGCAAGAUAUUCUUAAGGAAGUUAAGUUUUUGCGACAGUUGAAGCACCCUAAUACCAUUGAGUACAAAGGCUGUUACUUGAAGGAGCACACUGCUUGGUUGGUGAUGGAAUACUGCUUAGGCUCAGCCUCUGACUUGUUAGAAGUUCAUAAAAAGCCACUUCAGGAAGUGGAGAUUGCUGCCAUUACUCAUGGUGCCUUGCAGGGACUCGCCUACCUACAUUCUCAUGAGUUGAUUCACAGGGAUAUUAAAGCAGGAAAUAUUCUCCUAACAGAGCCAGGCCAGGUGAAGCUAGCUGAUUUUGGAUCUGCCUCCAUGGCUUCUCCUGCCAACUCCUUCGUGGGCACACCUUACUGGAUGGCUCCAGAGGUGAUCUUGGCGAUGGAUGAAGGACAGUAUGAUGGGAAGGUUGACAUUUGGUCCCUCGGGAUCACCUGUAUUGAGCUGGCGGAACGGAAGCCCCCACUUUUCAACAUGAAUGCAAUGAGUGCUCUAUAUCACAUCGCGCAGAACGACUCCCCUACCUUACAGUCCAGUGAAUGGACAGACUCCUUUAGAAGAUUUGUUGAUUACUGCUUGCAGAAAAUACCUCAGGAAAGACCAACAUCCACAGAACUGUUACGGCACGACUUUGUUCGACGAGAACGGCCACCCCGUGUCCUCAUUGACCUCAUACAAAGGACGAAAGAUGCUGUUCGUGAGCUAGAUAAUCUACAGUACCGAAAAAUGAAGAAAAUACUUUUCCAAGAGACACGCAACGGGCCCUUGAAUGAGUCACAGGAGGAUGAAGAG